CCAAAUCAACAAGGAGAUACAUACUACAACCAUGGAUGAUGAUGAAUAUGCCAAGCUCAUCAGGAGAAUGAAUCCUCCCAGAGUUGUAAUAGACAACAACGCAAGCGACGAUGCCACUGUUAUUCAGGUUGAUAGUGUCAACAAACAUGGCACUCUGUUGGAAGUAGUGCAAGUGCUCACUGAUAUGAAUCUUGUGAUCAAGAAAGCUUACAUCUCUUCCGAUGGAGGUUGGUUCAUGGACGUCUUCAAAGUCAUCGACCAAGAUGGCAAUAAGAUCAGAGACACACAAGUCCUUGACUAUAUCCAAAGGAGGAUAGAGAGCAACGCUGGCUGGUUCAUUCCACCUUUGAGAAGCUCAGUUGGUGUAAUGCCCACUGACGAAUACACAGCGAUUGAGCUCGCUGGAACUGACAGACCCGGUCUCUUGUCUGAAGUAUCUGCUGUUCUCACAGACCUUCACUGCAACGUUGUGAACGCUGAGAUAUGGACUCACAACACCAGAGCUGCAGCGGUUAUUCAUGUCACGGACAAUUCAACUAAUUCAGCCAUUACUGACCCGAUUCGCCUUUCCACCAUUAAGGAGCUGCUUUGCAAUGUAGUUAGGACAAACAGCGGUUCAAGAGCUGCGAAAACAGUUUUCUCUUGUUCUGAUACACACAGGGAGAGACGGUUGCAUCAGAUCAUGUUUGAUGAUAGGGACUACGAGGGAGUCAAGAGAGCCAAGACAUCGGCGUCAAGGCCCAGUGUCACACUAAUGAACAUUGAGAAGGAUUAUACCGUUGUUACCAUGAGGUCCAAAGAUAGACCAAAGCUUGUGUUUGACGUAGUCUGUACUUUGACUGAUAUGCAGUAUGUAGUGUUCCAUGGCAUGGUCAGUACAGAACCAGUGGAGGCUUAUCAGGAAUUUUACAUCCGUCAUGUGGAUGGACUUCCCAUAAACUCAGAAGCGGAGCAAGAACGUGUCAUACAAUGUCUGGAAGCAGCCAUUGAGAGGAGAGCAUCCGAGGGUUUAGAGCUGGAAUUAUCAGCAGAAGACCGUGUUGGUCUCCUCUCAGACAUAACCAGAACAUUCCGAGAGAACAGCUUAACCAUUGUGAGAGCAGAGAUCUCAACGCGAGAGGGUAAGGCUAAAGACACUUUCUACGUUACAGACGUGACUGGAAACCCGGUUGAAUCAAAAAUCGUGGAGUCAAUCAGACAACAGAUAGGAGUGAGCAAGCUGAAGGUGAAGAAGAAGGAGGAUUGCUCUGUUCUUGGUGCAAGCAGGCCUUCGCAAGAAACAACAAUGGGGUAUUUGCUAAGUAACAUCUUCAAACCCAAGUCUCUUCAGAGCUUCAAGCUUCACCUAUCUCACUCAUAGAGUAUGUGCUUUGUAUAGAUUAGAGAGAGUAGGGCAUAAUUUAAGAUGAUCGACAAAAAAAGUAGCGAACUUGUGAACUUGGCAUAUAUCAUUUGAUCUAAACAAGUCCCUUACAUGUAAAUUAGUGUGAUCAAAAAACAGGAACUGGCUUU